AUGGCUCCCGCCUCCACCGACAAGCUCAAGAAGCACUCCUCCCGAGCUUCCAGUACCUCCAAGCCCGACCCCGAGAUCGAGAGCCCCGUUUCUCUGUCCGCUUCGGACCUGCCAGGCUCAGAGCCCGCUUACCUGAAAGAAUUGCAAAAGAGCCUUCGCAAUGCGGUGAAGAAGCUAAAUGCUACCGCCAAGGUUGACGCCAUCCUCGCCGAGAACAAGGGCAAAUCGCUCGACGAGCUGGUCGAAGAGAAGAAGAUUAACAACGAUCAGAAGGCGCAAGCCUUGAAGAAACCUGCCCUCCAGGCCAGCAUUGCGCAAAUUGAAGAACAAAUUGCGCACUAUAAGCAGAUCGCUGACCAGUACGAGGAGCGACUGGUGAGCCAGAAGGCUGCCCUGGAGAAGGCACACCAGGAGGAGCUGGAGGCUGUGCGCGCAAAUGCCAUCGCCGAUGUUACGGAAACAAAUGCAAAGGUUCUUCGUCAGCAAUUGCUCACUGUUAGCAAGUUCCUGUGCGCUGCGGCGAACAGCCGACGAGACGGUGACGCAGAGGCUCUGGAGAGCCGCGCCUUCGAGGGCGUGCUUUACCAGGUUUACGGCGGAAACCAGGAUGCCGUUUCGUCUAUGAUUAAACUGAUUAAUGGUGCGGAUGAGAAGAUCCAGGGUGUUGAGGGUGAUUUGCUGGAUCUGAGCUUCGGCGACGUGAAGCAGGCAUCCAACAAAUUCGCUCCCACCGAGCCCGCUGAACUCGCGACAGAGACCACCCUCACAUCGGACCCUACCCUCGCCAAUGCUGGCCUGACCGAGCUCCAGGAUACCUCUGUCCGCGCCGAGGCCGCUGCGCAGGACAACUUCCCGACAUCUGACCAACUGGCACCCCCAUCCCAGACCCUGGUCUCCGAUGCGGGUAACGCCGUGGCGGAAAGAUCCUACAAUGGCAAUUCCAUGACCUCGUCAGCCACCACGGACGGAUGGGUGAAUGUCCCUCGUGACCCAGCCGAGACCGAUACUGGCCUCCAGGCGACCCCCGCAAACACCGAGAACGUGGAAGCAGAUGCUAAGGGUGGACGCAACCGCAACAACAACAACAACCGCCAGGGCGGACGUGGUCGGGGUGAGGGCAACCGAGGAGGUCGCAGCCGUGGAGACUUCCGCGGCCGCGGUCGUGGUGGUCGCGGAGGUCGUGGACGCGGUGGAGCGAACGGUUCGCCUUCUGCUACUCCUGGCGAGCAAUAA